AUGGAGUCGCAGCAGAAAAUAAUCGUCUGCAGAGAUUUGAUAAAGGGAAUGAAGAUUGUCGACAUUUGGCCAACAACCAAUCAGAAUUUUCUUUUCUACUGUCGAUGCGUUUUCCGUUUAACAAGCAUCGCUAUAGUGAUGAUGGGUAUGAUGGGUCACAUCUAUUACUCAUACAACAAUGAUAUGUUUAAGUACGUGAAUAUAAGCGAUGACUUCUCUGGGAUAUCUUCGAUUUUUGGCGUUUACAACGUCGUUUUCAACUUCGUCAGACACUACAACGUGUACAAUGUUUUGUUCAAGGAAUUGGGUGAUUUUUCGGUUUACGAAAAACCGCGCGGCGUUGAUGAGCUUAACAAGAAACUAGAUAUGGUGAUUAGAAUCUUCUCCGUUUGGGUCAUAAUUUCGUUCUUCUGCGUAACCUCAGUCUUAUAUAUGAUGAAAUGCGAAGAGGGUAUUGUUGAUGAUUGCGGUUUGAUGGUCAACUUUUGGUUACCAUUCUUCGAUUUACGUAGUAGAUCAAAGAAAACUAUGGUCAUGGUCUACCAAGUCUACGGAGGAUGCGUCGGGAUAUACCUUGUCACCUUCAGUUUUCUUACCAUCAUCUUCAUAUCGGAACUUACCAUCAAUCGCAUUCACCAUUUGCUUUCCAUGAUUAAGCAAGUGCCUGGAAUGAAAUUUAACUACACUCAUUUCGCUCACGCCCUUUCAUGGGCAAACAACCUUUGUCUGAUUUGCUUCAUCGGGCAACGGCUGAUCAAUGCGAGCUCCGAUUUACACGACGGCAUUUUCCCAAAUAUCCCAUGGGACGGAGACGUGAGAACUCAGAAGUCCAUGCAUAUGCUGAUGAUCCGUUCGUCCAGACCGCACGCGAUCUCCGCCGGUUUAAUGGGUUGCUGUGGCCAUUUGCUUCUAAUGAGCCUCAUCAAAAGCAUGUACACUUUCAUGAUGUUGAUUUAUGAUAGAAUAUAA